AAUUUGAUUAUUAUAUUUGACAUUUAUUAAAUGGGUCCAUACUGCACACUGUACUACUAUAACUCUGGUGGUACAAUUAUUUUGUCUUGGCGGUGCCGAUCUGUAGAAAAGUAAUUUCUGUUCGGAAUAAAAUUCUACUACUACCUCCGCGGUGCCGCAGUAUAUUAUGUACAGCCUAACACAGUUUUGAAUGACAAAAAAUGUUUUACAUUGAACCUAAUAAGUAAUAUAGUAAUAUAUUAAAAUAAGUUAGUAAUAAACUAUAUGUACGAUCACAACAAAAGUACUCAAUUAAAUACUGAAUACUGCAAGCUUCCCCUAUAAUAUUUUAAUAAUGUUUUUUUCUAUUUAUGGAAAUUGAUCAUUUAAUUUUAUUUAUAGAAGUAAGCGAAAAUCUCGAUGGAAGCUUAAAUUUCAUCAUCAAGCAUUACCUCCAGAGUAUUUGAAUCAUUAUGAAGCGUCCAUGAUGUCUACUCAACCAUCUCCCGCGAUUUCAUCGUCUCCAUCACCUGUCCUUUUCACGGGAAAUGUCAAAUCAAAACUACCAAUGGAAGCUCAAACUAGUGUCCGUUUUGAUGAUCUACCAUACAUGGGAGAGAUGACGUUAGACAAUGCAAAACCACGGAGGGGACGCAAACCAAAAAAGGCUGAUAUAUGUCACUUGAUAUAUAAAAACUACGGUACAACUGUCGUAGAAGAACCUUUGAACCUAUGUGUCAGGGACCAGAUAUCAUCGAUAAAUGAUUUUCAACUACCUGGUUCUACCAGUCUCCAAGAAACAUUGAAUCUUCAAUCAAAAGACUCCAAACGUAAGAGCAAAAAGUCACUGGCCAGAGAGCGUUUGGAAAAAACAUUCAAAGAAAAAGGUUUCUUGAUACAGACGCAACAACUGGAAUCCGCUCAAGGAGCCACGUACUGCAAAUUUAGACAGCUAAGGAAGUUUACACGGUAUCUGUUCAGAAGCUGGAAACAUCAUUUACCUGGUGAUGUCGUAGACAACGGUGUCAAUAGUCAAAUUACCUGAAUUGUCUACUUACUAAUAUGAUUUAUGAGUGUUGUUUCUAUGAGUGAAUUAUAUUUAAUAAUUCUUAGAACUCAAUACACGGACGAGUGUGAAAUGUGAAUAUCUAAGUGUUUAGAAGCGAAAUUAAAACCAAUGUGUCAAGAACACAAUUUAAUAAUUUAUUGGAGACAAAGAAAUUUUAUUGGUGAGUAUUAUUGUACAAAUUUGAAAAAGAAAAACGUAUUUGCCAAAGGAAAACAUCGAAUAUAAAUGUCUA